CCUGGAUACAACGCAACAAACGCAGACUGACUGACAACUGACUGUAGCCUGGCUAAUUAGCUAAAAACAUUUAGCUACAAUAAAACCGGUUUAAUUACUAUCGGAUUUAUCUAAUGCAAAUGACAGCGGUGGUUCAGCGCCGACGGACAGGAUCCAGCAAAAGUGCCGAGGAAGCCAGUAGAAUGAUCCAGCCACCUGAUCUCCGCCAAACCACUGUCUUAACCAAGGCUGAAUGGUUAAGGAUUCAAGAUGAAAUGAACGGGGUUAAUAAAGACAAAGAGAGAAUAAAAGGGGCAGCGAUACAGAGAGAAGCUCUGCAUGUGCAGUCAAAAGAUGUGGUGAAACUGUGGUCCAACACCAUUGCUGGUCAAAGGCAAAAGAAGUUAGAAGCAAAGAAGAUUCGAGAGCAGAUUGAGGAGGAGAAAAGGAAAGCAACUGAUAUAGAGGAGGCCAAAUACCGGGAAGAAAAGCGGAAAGAGGCCAUUGAAAAAGCCAAGACUCAGCUAUUUUAUCAAACUGACCGAGUCAAAGGAUUACAUCGUGCACUCUUACUGACAGAGGUUCUAAAGGAGAGGGAGGCUCAGAUUGAGCUGAAGGAAAGGAUAAAGAGUGCUUCUAAAGAUGUGGACAGAGCCUUCAUGGAUAUGGUAAAAACCAGAGAGGAUGAAGCUCUGAGACAGGAGCAAGCUAAAGAACUGCAGGAAAAGCUCAGGAGAAAGGCUAUUGCAGAGGAUCUAAAAAAACUUAUCAAGGAACAUGAGCUAGAGAGGGAGCAACAGAAGAUGGAGAACAAGAAGGACAGAGAGGAAAUCCAGCGCCUUCAAGAGCUCUAUCAGUGGGAGCAAAGAAUGGAGGAAGCACAACAAGCAGAGCAGAAGAGAAACCUUAUGCAAGCUCAUCUGGAACAUCUCAGCAAUAGAGACCUCAUAAGAGCAGCAGAUGCACAAAAACAGAAGACUGAAGAGGAACAGAGGAAACAUUUUCUCUCAGUGAAACAAAAAAUGAUGAAGUUAAAGAAAGACAAAGAAGCCGAGUUGUUUAGAGAGGCCCAGAUGCGCAGAGAACGUAUCGUCAACAAACUGACAGACACACGGCAGGAGCAAACUGUCAGUGAGGAGCAGAGGAUUGCUAAAGCUGUUGCUGAGCGGAAUGCAAAAGUGGCACAACAGCAAUGGGAGGAGGAGGAGAAGAGGGUUGCAAUGUUGAAGUCGAUCGCUGCACACAGAGAAUUGAUGAAACAAGAGAAAGAGCAGGGAGAUAAAACAGUGCAACAGAACUCCCGAGACAUGUUUCAGGCCAAGAAAGAGGCCGACAGAAUAUUUUUGGAGAAACAACAAAUAAAGGCUCAGAAGAUCAGAGAAGAAGAAAGAAAAUUACAAGACUUCAACAUGACAAAAAUGGCUGAAAAAAACAUCAGGCAGGAGCGGCUGAGAAGAGAGGAGCUUGGGUUUGAGGCGAAAAACAAAGAACUGGUUGCUGAAGAGGAAAACCAGUUUCAACAGUAUUCCCAGCACAUCAUCAACACGGCAGUAGAGACUCAGCGAAAUGUUUUUCCACUUUACAGGGCUGCGAGGGAAGGCAUCGGAGGAGGGCUUGGUCCUGUUUUUGGUGGAGUCAGGCCAAGCUACCUUGUUCAGGACCGCAGUGGUGCCCAGAUGCCUAAUUAUGUCUCUGGUGUUACCCAGAACAUUAAAAAGCUUAAUGAGGCUGUAGAUAUCCAAGAAGCAAAAAGAAGACUUGGGUUUACAUGGUGAAGCUUUGCUCUCUGUUGGCAAUUUUGGUUCCAGGAAUCACCCCCUAAAUUUUCCACAGAAUAUUUUAAUGACACUCUUAAAAUAGGCUAUAGUGUCUGAAAUCACUCCCACACAUACUUAUUCACCCCUCUGUAUAUUUCAAACACUCAGAAGUUUGCUCUAUAGCCAACUAGAAAUUUCAGACAUCUAUGAAUCAUUUUGCAUUAGCCUAUCACUGACGAGUGGCCUCUCGCCUGAUUUUUAUCGCUAGACACAAGACAUGUGGAUUGUUAGCAGAAAGUCAUGAAAAAAAAGGCAUUGUGGAGGCCUAGGUGUCGCUGCAAACCACAGCGUCUCUGGUUCGAGUCCAGUCAGGAACCUGUUGUCAUUUCUCUCUACCUUGUUUCCUGUCAUCUAAGUGACAAAGGCAUAAAAACUCCCAAAUAUAUAUGUAUAUAUAAAAAAAGCUGCCCACGUCAUUGAUAACACUGGUGUGUCCCAAAUUCAUUCUUAUUCUAGGCAGGUUUUCACCAUGUUCAUGCUGGAAAGGUGCCAAAAUUAUAUAUUAUCAAGAAUUCAUGCUAAAUAAGGUUUUGGAGGUGUUGAUGAAUACUUUUCUCCCUAGUAGUAGUAGUUAAAUGGCUCCAGAACCAAUAUGUAGUUAAGUAACUGAUAUCAAGAGAGACAUUUUGCUGUCAGUUUGUGAAGUUUAAACUUGUAUUUUAGAGUUCAAAGUUACAGUCUGAUGAUGGGCUGUACUAUGAUGAUCACUACAUACUGUAUAAAAUCACUAUGGAGUUUUAGUGCUUACAUUUUCAUACUAUGCUGCAUACUAUUCAGUAAAUAAGGAAUGAUUUAGAACCGAAAACAUUUGCAGGGAUGUUCUUGUGCCCAUUGAACAACAUUCUUUGAAGGUUGCAGUGAAAACGCCCCAAUCCUAACAUUGCAACAAACUUCUGUGAUGUUCAAGAAAAAAACUCACCUGCUUUAUGAAGAUAGUAAUGAGACUAUUACAGAAAACUCUUUGAAAUUCAUGACAUAGCAAUGUAUACUGUGAACCAAGCAAGUCACCACCACUGCAGUUAACUGACCCAACACUGGAUGAUGAUGUUAACAGCACAGUGUACAUUUCCUGUAAUAAUGUAAUCACCGUUUAUCAUUAUAAUUUUAAUAAUGUUUGAGUUUUCAAAAUAUACUGUUGAUACUGUUUUGUGUUAGAACUGGAACCACAUUUACCAAAUAUUAAAAACAAAUUAAGAUGAAAACUGGGCAUUUUAAUUCAUUCUGUAGUUUAAGUUCCUCUUAAAACCAACUUGCACAAAACAAUUUAUACAAAAUGAUUUUAUGUUUUACUUACAGCAUGACAGUGAUGUUCCUUCUUUCAAGAGAAAUAAACCAGAGGACUCUAAAAACCAGUUAACAGCUUACAGUAAAGGGUUGUAGAAGUACAAAAAAAUAUUGGAUGUAUACAUUUAAUUUAAUAAUGACAGGGAAAAGCAUGCAAAAAAGAUGUUUUCUUCCAGACUAAUUGAUGUAAUAAAAACUUAGAAGCAGUCCUUAUCCCAAAAACAACAGAAUUAAAAGAACAUUAGAACAAACUCUAGAAAAUGUUCUCAGGGGAAGGCAAGAAAAUCCUUUGUCAAAUUUUGGAGCUACUGUUGAAGCCAAAACAUAAUUUACCAGAAGAAUUAAAAGAAUAAAAAAAAAAACAAAA